AUGCUCUCCGUCGGACAAAUCGAUCUAUCGCGCGAUGACAAUGAUUUAUGUUUGCAAAAGACGCGUUUAGGCUGGAUAAUUAGCGGAAGCACGACCACUCACAAACCUUCGAAAUUUUCGAGCUGUCACUUAGUUAAUUUAGAAGAAUUAUUAACGCGGUUUUGGGCCAUCGAAGGUAGUAAUGACGAUAAGCCAAGAUCAAAAGAAGAAGCGGAGUGCGAGGCACGCUUCGUAGAUUCCGUCACACGUGAUGAAUCGGGACGCUAUACAGUCCGUUUGCCAUUUCGGAAGAGCGAUCAAAAUUUAGGAAAUUCGCGGCCCGGAGCGAGUAAACGUUUAAUAGCUUUGGAACGCCGACUUAACGCGGACGCGGCGCUGAAUACCGAAUACACUCGCAUAUUCGAAGAAUAUUUAGAAUUAGGACACAUGUCGCCAAUAACGAAUACAAACGAUGACGGAUACUACAUGCCGCAUCACCCGGUUAUAAAAGGUUCCAGUCAUACGACCAAGGUUAGAAUCGUGUUCGAUGCCUCAGCCACCACGAGUAGCGGCCUUUCUUUGAACGAUAUGUUAAUGGUCGGCCCCACCAUACAGGACAAAUUAUUCACCCAUUUAAUCAGAUUUCGCUCGUAUAAAUACGUUGUCACCGCGGACAUAGAAAAAAUGUACCGUCAAGUAUUAGUACAUGAAAAUGAUCGCCGGUAUCAGCGAGUGCUCUGGCGUAGAGGAGGGAAAAUCGAAACUUUUCAGCUCAAUACCUUAACAUUCGGAGUAUCCUCGUCGCCAUUUCUCGCCAUACGUACGAUUCAAAAAUUCGCGGAGGACGAACGUGCAUCUUUCCCUAAGGCGGCCGAAAUCCUAAAGAGUCACUUAUACGUCGACGACUUGCUAACCGGGGCUAAUUCUAUCGAUGAAUGUCGUAACAUACGCGACCAAAUUAUCGCCCUACUCGCGGCUGGCGGGUUUUCAAUAAGACAAUGGGCCUCGAAUGAUGCGCGAAUAAUUAACGAUUUAGAUACACGAGCACAACAUGCGAAUUUCAUUUUUAAGAUAGAUUCCGCGUUAAAAACGUUGGGCAUAUCGUGGAAUACGCGCGAAGAUAAGAUUUGCUAUUGCGCUAAACCAAUCGAAGUCGCGGAGAAGUUAACGAAACGAAAAUUACUGUCGGAAAUUGCCAAAAUAUUCGAUCCGCUCGGUUUGCUCGGCCCAGUAAUUCUUCAUACAAAAAGGAUAAUGCAAGACAUAUGGCGGUCGGGGUUAGAUUGGGACGAAUCCGUUCCGCAGAGCAUGCAUACUGAAUGGCAAGAGUUUGCGCGACAAUUCGACGCAAUUAAUCAAUUCGCCGUCGAUCGUAAUUUAGUCAUAGAUGAAAAUUGCGGAUAUCAGAUUCACGGAUUUUGCGACGCGAGUAACGUCGGUUACGGAGCUGCUAUUUACAUACGAUCUGAGGACCGUCGAGGUCAAGUCGCCGUCCGACUAUUAUGCGCCAAAUCACGGGUCGCUCCCUUGAAGACAACAACGAUACCACGUCUCGAACUAUGCGGCGCACUAUUACUCGCUCAACUAGUACAAGAGAUUCCUCGAGCCUUCUCAAGGGCCCCGAAUAAAAUCGCGCUCUGGUGCGAUUCUACUAUAGUUUUGCACUGGAUAAAAACUCCAUCUAACGUGCUUAAAACAUUCGUCGCGAAUCGGGUGGCCGAGAUACAGAUUCUCACCGACGCGGGCGAUUGGCGUCACAUUAGAUCUGAAAAUAAUCCGGCCGACGCCUUAUCCAGGGGACAGUUGCCUCACAAUUUCAUGCGAAACAAAACCUGGCUGACGGGCCCGUCGUGGCUAAUUGAACGCGAGCACAAGUGGCCUUGCAUAGCGAUGCGGUUAAUCGAAAUUCCGGAAGUCAAGCAAAACUCGUGUUUAGCUACAAUAGUUUAUGAUGAGACUAUUCUAAGGGCGUAUUCGUCGUAUGCGAAGUUAUUAAGAAUCGUGGCAUACUGUUGUCGUUUUUUGCACUCACAGAAGUAUUCCGGCCCGUUAUGCGUAGAGGAAAUCGAGGCGGCCGAAACGCGCGUGUUAAGGCUUUUACAAUCGAUUGGCCUUCCGAACGAGUUCAAACAUGUAAAAAAUAAAGCACCUGAGUCUCGCAGGCAUAAAAUCGAUCGAUUAAAUCCAUUCAUAGACGGAAACGGCCUAAUUCGAGUAGGGGGACGUAUCAGUUUAUCUGACGCAUCAUUCGACCAAAGGCAUCCGAUAUUACUUCCGAGCUAUCAUCCAGUCACAGAUAACAUUAUAAGAGAGACCCACGCAAAGCAUUAUCAUGCGGGCAUACAAAUGACAUUACAUCUUAUUCGAUAA